AGGCUAUAAAGGGAAAGAUUCACCUGUGCUUGUUCACGAGCGAAGAGAAGGGAGAGCAGGAAUCACACCUUCAUACACCAGUUGUAGAGAGCUGACACUGAGGCGAGAUGAAGAUCCUGUUACUUACCCUGGUGCUGAUGGCAGCCUGCAUUGACUGGAGCUCUGCCCAGGCACAUUCCUUUGAAGAUUGCUGCCUGACGUACACCAGGGUGAAAAACCCACGGAGGGUUCAGAGAAACAUGCUCCGCUACCAGGUGCAGCACACAGGUGGAGGCUGCAACCUGCACGCAGUAAUCCUGGAGUUGCCGUGCGCCACCAUCUGUGUCAACCCCGCGGACAAGUGGGUCAAAAACCUCAUCGGUUCAUCGAAAAAGGGCCAGUUUAAGAAGAAUGAAACUAGGAGAAAAUGGAAGAGGGAUCCCAAGCGCUGCAAGAAGCAGCAACGGAAGUAAUGGAUGGACAUGAGCAGCAAGGAGGUUGGAUGGUGAUCUAUGACAAUCCCUCCAUGCUGCCAACACGACCUUGGAAGAAAGUUCCAAGCGCAUUCUCUGAGUCUAUACUGAGAGGCGAUCAACGUCUACACUCGCUCAUACAUAACCACAAGAUCCCUGGCUGCAAAGGACAAUGGACAAUGGAAGAGAGAGCCGUACUCUCUGGAAGAGAAUGGAGGGGAAGAUCAGGACUGGGAAAUCAUCUUGUGUGGGAAGGAACUGGUUCACAUCGAAGAUAGACACAAAAUGCUGGAGUAACUCAGCGGGACAGGCAGCGUCUCUGGAGAGAAGGAAUGGGUGAUGUUUCGGGUCGAGACCCUUCUUCCGACCUCACCAGAGAUGCUGCCUGUCCCGCUGAGUUACACUGGCAUUUUGUGUCCAGAAUACCGUAUUGUCAGACAUAGCUUGGCCAGGGAAUAAUUUACACACUUAGAUCAUCACUGUUAAAUCAGCAACUCAUGUCAUCGUACAACUCUACAGACAGCUCCACUUUGAUCUCUUGGCUACGUUAGUCAGUGUGUGCAGUGCCCUACUUUUUAACUUUUGGGACGGGUUUACCAUUUUAUAAUGUACUCUUCUUAAGUUAGCACAUUUCAAACUGAUGUGUGUGAGGAAUUGCAGUGGGCAUAUCUCCCAGUAUUACGGGCACAGGAUGGAAUAUUGCAUCAGGGACAAGACAUUCAUCCCACAUGUUUCUGCAUUGUUCAGUACGCUGGGCCAUGCUCCAUAUUUUGUCUGCAACAUUUUUAGUGUAGUUUACGUACUACAAUAGUUUAUUGAUUCUGAUGGUUUGACGCAGCUUAUUGCAGAGUACGCCUAUAUAUAAUUAAACGCAUUCUUGAGAUUUUUUUCUGCGAUCCAAUAAACGUCCAUCAGUUCA